AUGUCGACGGAUCCAAUAGAGCUGCUGUUCGGUGCGGAAGUGUGCUCCGUCGUUCUGCAAGAAGGUCUUCGCAAGGGAGGACCCCAAGCUUCCACCGCCCAGAACACCCUUCUUGUCCGGAGACCAGCUCGACGAGACUCGCAAACCGGCCGAACGCCUCUUGACUGCCAUGGAGCGACGCUGCGAGUGAGAACCCCGAUUUGGAGAACUCUACCGCGCCUUCCUGAAAGAGUACGAAGAAUUAGAUCACAUGGAGAUGGCUCAAGAACCGUCAAACCUGAUCGAAAACCGGUGUUAUCUUCCGCAUCAUGGCGUACUCCGGGAAUCAAGGGCCACAACCAAACUCAGAGUCGUCUUCAACGGGUCGCAACGCACUGGAACGGUGAGUCUCUCAAUUCACAAUUACUAAUCGGUGCCAAUCUCCUGCCACCUCUCGCGGACGUGCUCAUGCGUUGGCGUUGGCACCGGUACGCCAUCGUCACGGACAUCGAGAAGAUGUAUCAUCAGAUUCUCGUUCAUCCAGAUGACCAGAGGUAUCAGCGCAUCCUCUGGCGUCACGUUUCCGACCCAAUACGCGAGUUCUCUUUCAAAACCGUGAUCUACGGUCUCGCGUGCGCACCAUUUCUCGCCAUCCGCACUCUGUGUCAGCUUGCCGACGACGAAGGAGGCCACUUCCCACGAGGUGCCGACGCGUUACGACGAGAUUGUUACGUCGACGACAUUGUGACCGGAGUACAUCACAAAUCCGACGCGGUCACCUUGCAAGCUGAACUCCGCCAACUCUGCAUGGCGGGCGGGUUUUCUCUGAGGAAGUGGGCUACAAACUGCAAGGACCUCCUCCGCGGAAUUCCAACCGAGCACCGCCUUACCAAGGACUCACUUUCAUGGGAACAAGACAACCACUCGACGCUGGGACUGCGUUGGUAUCCAAAGAGCGACGAAUUCGUCUUUUCCGUUCCACCUCGCACCAUCACCACGUUCACCAAAAGAAGCGUGCUGGCGGAAACUGCACGGCUCUUUGAUCCACUAGUGGCAAAGAGCAAGGUUGCACCUAUCAAACCCAUAUCACUUCCGCGACUGGAACUCUGCGCCGCCGCCUUGCUCACGAAUCUACUCGCACACACGCGCACUGUGUUAGACCUAUCCACUGCAUCAGUAACCCUGUGGUCUGAUUCCAAGGUCACUUUCUGCUGGAUUCAUGGCCACGCCUCUCGAUGGAAAACUUAUGUGGCUAACAGGGUGUGGCAGAUCCAACAACAGCUACCUGAGGCUCGAUGGCGCCACGUCCCAGGAAAGGAGAACCCCGCCGACUGCGCCUCUCGAGGACUCGCCCCAAGCGAGCUCCUUGGACAUCCCCUGUGGUGGACGGGCCCUGCCUGGUUGCGCGGAAACGUAACAGAAUGGCCAUGCGGAGACGAGGAGUUGCCCACUAAGGACACGUCUGAGCAACGAGCUACCACGCACAUUGCAGCAACCCGGAGCAACCUAGAGCCUGAAUUCCUCCUCAGGUUCUCAGCUCUGCAUUCACUUCUAAGGAUCACCUCCUGGUGCCUCCGAUGGCGCCGCCGCCCAGCAGGAUCCGCUGACGAGGAUCGCGACAGAUCUACACUCCAUCUUGCCGAACUUGAUGAAGCACUCCUGCAGUGGAUUCGAGUAGUGCAGACGCUGCACUACCCGGAGGAGAUGACCGCCAUUGCAACCAACCGUUGCCUUCCACGACAAAGUCGCCUGCGAGCAUUCAGUCCAUACAUGGGCGACCACGGGAUGCUACGAGUCGGGGGACGGCUCAAGCACGCUGCGCUGUCCUUUGAUGAGCGGCAUCCACUCAUCGUGCCUACAAAAUCGUGGCUCACGAGAUUGAUGGUAGAGGCUUACCAUCGCCGCACUCUGCAUGGAGGUGUCCAGUUGACGUUGGAGAUGCUUCGACUCCAUUUCUGGAUCCCACGAGGUAGAGCAGUCGUCAAGCAAUGGUUGCGCAAUCUGCACUCGCUGGAAGGCUGUCACACCACAACCUCCAAUGGGAAACCUUCCACCAGGACGAGUGCAAGACCAUUCCUCCGAGUAGGCAUUGACUACGCGGGGCCCAUUCUUGUUAGGACGAGCAAAGGGCGUGGCCACAGCGCAAGCAAGGCUUUCAUCGCCAUUUUUGUGUGUUUUAGCUCCAAAGCAGUUCACCUUGAAGCGGUCUCAGACUACACCGCCGAAGCAUUCCUGGCUGUCCUCCGCCGCUUUACAUCUCGCCGAGAUCUUUGCUCUGACAUCUACUCAGAUUGUGGCAUCAAUUUUUCUGGAGCUGACGAGCAACUGAGAGAGAUGCUCGGGGUCUCCUCAUCUGACGGACGUCGCAUUGCGCACGCUGCUUCAUCAGAAGGGAUCCACUGGCACUUCAACCCACCUUCCGCACCACAUUUUGGCGGCCUUUGGGAGGCUGCCGUGAAGUCCACGAAGUACCAUCUACGGAGAGUCAUUGGCGAAACAAGGCUUACCUUUGAGGUGAUGAGUACCCUUCUCGCAUAA